UUUCCGUGUGGUUUGUUUUGGUUUGUUGUCCAGACACCGGUUAGCUUCCGUUAGCUUCAGAUAACAUGUCUGCCACAGAGGAUGACACCGAGCUGAGGGAUCUGCUGAUCCAAAACCUGGAGAACAACGGAGUCCUCAACAAGCUCAAGGCAGAAAUGAGGGCUGCUGUCUUCCUGGCGAUGGAGGAGCAGGACAAACUGGAGAACAAAACUCCUCUGAUCAAUGAAAACCUGAAGAAAUGUCUCAACACUAAAGAUGGACGCCUGGUGACCAGCCUCAUCCUGGACUUCCUGCAGGUCUUUAAUCUAGACUUCACCCUGGCUGUGUUCCAGCCGGAGAUCAACUCGCUGAACGGUCUGGACGGUCGGGACCUGGUCUGCAGAGAACUGGGUCUGUCAGAGUCUGAGGUGAACGGGAACUCUCCUCUGCUGCUGGAGCUCGUCAGAAGAGGACGACACAAGGACAAACAGGCCGUCUCCGCCGAGGGAGACAACAGAGGACACAUCUCCAAGGAACCGUCUCAGAAACAGGUCGCACACGCUCGGAAGAAAUUUGACUCUUACGACAAGGACGGCAGCGGCUCCGUUCUAAAAGAAGAUCUGCAGAGAGUCUUCGCUGAUCUGUUCCCCAGUUUGAACAAGAACAUGUUGGAGACGUUCAUCAGCGACGAGCUCAGAGCUGCAGACAAAACCUUCCUGAAAGCCGUCGACUUCCAGAUGUUUCUGGGAUUUUACCAGCGUCUGUUUGCCGAGUGCAGGCGUGUGGUCGUUCAGGACUCAGAUGGGGGUGAACCUCCUGAGGAGAGAGUCUGCUCUCCACCUGUCAGUAAGAUCCCCAGAUAUAAAGGCCAGAGUCUGAGAGGACAGACAGCGGCGAAGGACUCGGAGAGCGUGGCGUCUCUGGGUAAAGCAGACUUCCAGCAGCAGGCGUCCAACAACAGGACCCCCUCCUCCGGUCUGAAGAGGGAGCAUCCGGACCUGGACCCGGAGGACGAGCCCGACGACGGAGAUUCGUUCUUUGACGACCCGCUGCCCAAACCGCAGAAGACCUACGGCUGGUGUGCUUUUUACCUGAAGGAUGCUGCAGGUGAGACAUCGCCUCCUCCAGGUGAGACAUCACCUCCUCCAGUUGAGACAUCGCCUCCUCCAGGUGAGACAUCGCCUCCUUCAGGUGAGACAUCGCCUCCUCCAGGUGAGACAUCGCCUCCUCCAGGUGAGACAUCGCCUCCUUCAGGUGAGACAUCGCCUCCUCCAGUUGAGACAUCGCCUCCUCCAGGUGAGACAUCGCCUCCUCCAGGUACAGACUGGACAGUUGAAACUGUCCAGUUUUAUUUUGAUAAAAUCGUCUUUCCUGUGUUAGAAAAUGACAUCUGGUCAUGUCUUUGUCAGCACUUCACAAUAAAGGCCAGACACUGCCUUCAGUUUAACAUGCUUUUAUUGUGAAGUAUAUGCAGGAAGUGAUUAUUCUCACUUAGAACGUGACACUCUUAAAUACUCAAUUCUGAUUGGUCGAUCAGAACCACACUGGCAUGGCUGUCUUUUCAUGUUCCUGCUCUGUCUUCAAUGUCCUUGUAUGUCUGUUGUGCUUUCUGUUGUCUCUUUAUGUCCUCUCCUGCUUCCUUACCCCGUCCUCCCUGUCCUUCUGUCUUUACUGUCCUUCUCUGCCUGUCCUCCCUGCAUUCCUUCCUCCCGUACGUCCCCCUCCUCACCCUGCAGUGUUGUCCCUCUGACGGAGGAGUGUCUCUCCGGGCCGGUCGCGUCCCCCAUGAGACGAGGCAAAAGCCUCAAUGAGUGAGUGUGCACGGCGCCCACGUCGGCCGUCCCGCAGCCGAAGAAUGAGCCCAUCUGUGUUUGUUGUGUCCGAGGCCUCGUUCACACAGAGACCCCGAACACCUGAAACAUUAAAAUGUGUAAGCGAUGAGUGACGAGGUCCAGCUGCUGUCCCCUUUGAGACAAACUGUGUUUCUCUGUCUGAACGGUCCUGAGGCGACGUCCACAUGAGACCAAACAAACAGAAAGACCUGAAAACUCCAAGUCUGAAUAUUCAUGGAGGACUGAGUGAACACCUGCAGAGGUGGAGGAAGUAUUCACAGCCUUUACUUCAGUAAAAGUACUGUGAAAAUACUCCACUGCCAGUAAAGAUCCUGCAGGGAAAAUUCCAAGUAGAGUAAAAUCAGGAAAAUGUACUGAAGGUGCAGACAAAGCGCAGUACUUCCCUCUGGAGUUAAAGUACUGCAUGAAGUAUCAGAGGUUGUCCUUGAGGACAGGACUAAGAUGUGUCCAGGUGAGAUGAACUGUGGUAAUGAUGAAACUGAACCAGGUGAAUCAGUCCCAGUUUGAGCUGAAAACCAGUUACUGACACCAGUCUGAAGCUCGCAGGAUGUCGUCAGUCGCUCACGUGAGCGUCGCCGAACUGACCGACCACAGAAGAAGAUGUUUGUGUGUCUGUGUCGUGGCUGAUGUUGAUUUCCCAGCAUGCAACAGUGAGACUGUAGAGGAAGUGACCAGGAGGUGUGAGCUGCAGUGUGAUGUCAUCAGGAGGCUGAUCCUGGACCUGCUCUGCUGACUCUGAGUCCGCUCUCAGGACGUCAGACUGGGUCACUGAGACCGAACUGAAGAGUCAGUGAAGCAGCUCAGAGACCUGAACCCUGAGCGCGGUCUGAACCAGAUCAGAUCCUCCUGCAUGACUGAGCACGCUCUCUGAGAACACUGUGUCCUGGACUUCAGUCUCUGUGAGGACCAGACCAGGACCAGCGAGGAUCACACAGUCCUUCAUCAUCACUUUCCCUGUUUCCUCAAUUUCCUUUUUGUUCCUCCUCCCUGUCCUUCUCUCUGUCUCUCUCUCUCUCUGUCUCUCUCUGUCUGUCUGUCUGUCUCUCUCUCUGGUCUCAGUUUGUCUGUCCUGGCUGCUGACUCAGAGGGCGAGCGAGAUGAUCCUCUCUCUGAACACAGUCAGACCUCUGAGCUCAGGUGAGCCACAGGUGUACCCGUCCCUCUCUCUCUGUCUCUCUCUCUCUCUGUCCCUCUCUCUCUGUCUCUCUCGUCCUGUGGGACCAGUCUUUGUUUGAUUACAGCAAACUUAAAGGACAUUGCAGGUGAAAGGUGAAAAGGACAGGUGCUCCAUGAGUGCACUGCUAACGGUAGCUGCUAACAGGAGCUGCUAACGGUAGCUGCUAACAGGAGCUGCUAACGGUAGCUGCUAACAGCUGAUUCUGCAGACUGUUAAUGCAGACAUGACUCAGCGUAACUAAAGAAACCGGCUGAGGUUUUGGUGCAGAGCGUCACUCCCUGCAUUCAUGGCAGCGUUCUACUUCCUGUUUCUGUCCCUCCCUGUAGUGUCGUUA